CUGCGCACUCUGAUCUCAUGUCCAAAGGGCAAACAGAAUCCAGUGGUGCCGUAACAACAAAGUGAGCUGUCAUUACUGUAGAAAGACGGUUCAAACACAGCCAUGGCGAAGAAUGACGACUGGGAGAAGCCCGUGGAGAGGAGAGGGAGGUUAACGGGGGUCCUUGCUUCGGCAACACUCAUAUCUGCAUUUGGCUCAUCAUUUCAGUAUGGCUAUAAUGUGGCUGUGGUCAACUCUCCAUCACCGUUCAUGCAGCAGUUCUAUAACACCACCUAUACGGAGCGUUUUGGCACACCCAUAGAGGACAACUUCCUAACUCUGCUGUGGUCUCUCUCGGUGUCCAUGUACCCACUGGGAGGCUUCUUUGGCUCUCUGAUGGUGGCCCCUCUGGUCAACAAUCUCGGGAGGAAGGGCACCCUUCUCUUUAACAACAUCUUCUCCAUCGUCCCUGCUGUGAUGAUGGGAGUCAGUGAGAUUGCCAAGUCCUACGAGAUUAUCAUUGUGGCUCGGUUUAUAGUGGGAAUCUGUGCAGGUCUCUCAUCCAACGUGGUACCCAUGUAUCUUGGAGAGCUCGCUCCCAAAAAUCUGAGGGGAGCCCUUGGCGUUGUUCCACAGCUCUUCAUCACCAUUGGCAUUCUCAGUGCACAAGUGCUGGGUAUCAGAAACAUACUGGGAAACAGCACAGAUUGGCCCCUCAUGCUGGGUCUGACUGGUAUUCCUGCCCUGAUAGAGCUCUUGCUGCUUCCCUUCUUCCCAGAAAGCCCCAGGUACAUGCUCAUCCAGAAAGGAGAUGAGAAGACUGCAAAGAAAGCACUACAGCGUCUGCGUGGCUGGGAGGACGUGGAUGCAGAGCUGGCAGAAAUGCAUGUGGAGGACCAGUCAGAGAGGGCCGAGGGCCACCUGUCCGUGCUCAGCCUGCUGUCCCAGCGCUCCCUUCGCUGGCAGCUGAUCUCCAUCAUCAUUAUGAACAUGGGCCAGCAGCUGUCCGGGGUCAAUGCGAUCUACUACUACGCAGACAGCAUAUACGCCACUGCAGGAGUCAAGGAGAAUGAUAUCCAGUACGUCACUGUGGGAACAGGAGCAGUGAAUGUAAUCAUGACCAUAGCUGCUGUCUUCAUCGUGGAGGCGUCGGGGCGACGGCUGCUCCUCCUCUGUGGUUUUGGGAUUUGCUGUGGAGCCUGUGUGCUGCUCACCAUUGCUCUCAACUUCCAGGAGACCGUGACGUGGAUGCCCUACGUCAGCAUCAUCUGUGUCAUCAUCUACGUCACAGGACAUGCCAUCGGACCCAGUCCCAUUCCUUAUGUGGUGACCACUGAGAUAUUCAGGCAGUCGGCCAGGCCUGCUGCCUUCAUGGUUGCAGGCUCCGUCCACUGGCUCUCCAACUUCACUGUUGGACUCGUCUUCCCUUUCCUAGAGAGAGGUCUGGGAUCCUACAGCUUUAUCAUUUUUUCCUUCAUCUGUCUGGUCACGCUGGUCUACAUCUGGCUAGUUGUUCCAGAGACCAAGAACAAGACCUUCCUGGAGGUCAGCCAGAUGUUUGCCAAGAGGAACAAAGUGGAGAUCAAAAUGGGUGAUGGGGAUCUACCACUGAAAGAGGCCAAGGGAAACCAAGGAAGCCUGGAGGAUGCAAUGAAGGCUACGAACCUUUGAAGAAAAACUGAGGGCAUUCAGAGGAGAGGAAGUCUUUGCUCUGGGGGGUAUUGUAAUGGGCUGGAAAUGUUUUAAUGAAGCCUUUAUUUUUUAUUUUACAAGGAA